UUUUGCAUUGUAACAUCCGGGGGCAGGUCCACAGAGCGGGGGGAGUGUCUCCGGCUGUUCGGAGCAGGAGAAGGCAGGAGCACAGACUCCUUGGCGGAGCUCACACCGCACAUCACAGCCCAGGAUUAUGCCAGCUUCCCCGGGACGCUUCGGGCAGCAGGGUCGUGGUGAACCCUCCACACACAGCUCCUUGUUUCCCCACAUGCUCUGCUGAGACCCGGCUGCCAUAGGCUGCUGCUGCUGCUCCUGGUCCAUCCCUUCCUCCUCCUCCUCCUCCUGCCCCUCCUCCUCCUCUGGAUCUCUCUCGUCCCAUCGCCCAGGAUGGAAAAGACUCUCUGCAGUUCGCAUCCCAACAAAAGCAGCUCGUCCUCGUCCAGGAAGCCCGGCGGAGGAGGUCGGAGCGGCUCCCACAGCCCGGGCUCCGGCUCCCUGUGCGGCCCGGCUGGGGCUGGAGGCAGCCGGGGGACGGUGCAGGGCAGCGGCAUGGAUCUCCAGCUGCAGCAGCAGCAGCAGGGGCGCAGGAGGCAGCUGGAAGGAGUGCUGAGCAAAUACACCAACCUGCUCCAAGGCUGGCAGAACAGGUACUUUGUGUUGGAUCCAGAGCUAGGCCAGUUGCAGUACUUUGUCAACGAGCAGGGAAAGAACCAGAAGCCCAGAGGGUGCCUGCCCCUGAUCGGUGCCUCGGUAACCACGAGUGAUGAAGCCUCGUACAUGUUCAUCGUAAACUCUGUCAACGGGGAGCUGUACAAACUUAGAGCUGCAGACGCUAAGGAGCAGCAGUUUUGGAUCAGUCAGCUUCAAGCGUGCGCCAGACGCCACUCUGACAGCAGUGCCAAGGUUAGAAAGUUAAAAGGCUCAGAUGAACACCUGAGUGUGGAGAGAGUGGGAGGACAAGAGGUGCUGGGCCCCUCAUCCUCCGGCCGGACCCGUAGCUUCUCUCUCCUCCCCCACCUCACUCCGUCUUCAUCUCCGAGCUCCCAGAGGCACACGGGCCACGCGGCCUCRCCCGGCAACAUCGUCACCAUCACCCACCACAAAUCUCCAGCCGCAGCUCGCCGAGCCAAGACUCCGUAUCCCGGGCAGCUGCUGGAGGUCAAAGAGGUGAUCACACAAGCAGAGGGCCAGCAGAAGAACCUGGUCCACUCCAUAGACUCUCUGCCGACCAGAGGCCCRCUCUCGUGUUUGGACCAGGACCUGCUGCUGCUCAAAGCCACGUCGGCCGCCACGCUCAGCUGCCUGGGAGAAUGCCUGAACAUCCUCCAGCAGAGCCACAGCCAGGUGCCGCCUCCGAACCAGACCUCCCAGCGUUACGCCCACGGAGCCGCGUCCGAUGGUGUUCCUGUGUGGACUGUUCCAAAGUCACCGUCAGGCGAGCAGCUGAGGAACGAAGGUCUGACUCCUCUGCGGUCGGCCGAGCCGUCCCCGRYCUCCAGGAGGCGGAGUCUGUCCCGUGGUGCUGAGCACCACUCAGGACUGGAGGACAUCAGUCCCAGUGAGGAGGUGACGGACACGGAGGACAAUGAGGAGGAGGAUCUGGGGGUUCUGGACGACCAGCGGAGCAUCAUUCUCCACCUGCUGUCUCAGCUCAAACUGGGGAUGGACCUGACCCGGGUGGUGCUGCCCACGUUCAUUUUGGAAAAGCGCUCGCUGCUGGAGAUGUACGCCAACUUCAUGGCCCACCCGGACAUGUUUCUGUCCAUCACCGCCGGGGCCACAGCCGAGGACCGGAUCGUCCGCUUCGUGGAGUACUACCUGACCGCUUUCCACGAGGGGCGGAAAGGCGCCGUGGCCAAGAAGCCCUACAACCCCGUUCUGGGAGAGACCUUCCACUGUUCGUGGGAAGUCCCUCGAGAUAAAGUCAAACCGUUGGUCCGGUCAAACCAGGGGACCCCGGGGAAGAACCUGAACAACGAGGACUCGGCAAGAGGGUGCCACAGGGUCCGGUUUGUCGCCGAGCAGGUGUCCCAUCACCCACCGGUGUCCGGGUUCUACUGCGAGUGUCGAGAGCAGAGGAUGUGCGUCAACACCUAUGUCUGGACCAAGAGCAAGUUCAUGGGCAUGUCUAUAGGUGUGUCCAUGGUGGGCGAGGGCGUCCUGUGCCUCCUCGAGCACGACGAGGAGUACGUCUUCACGCUGCCCUGUGCCUACGCCCGCUCCAUCCUCACCGUUCCCUGGGUGGAGCUGGGGGGCAAAGUCUCCAUCAACUGCGCGAAGAGCRGCUAUUCUGCCACGGUGACGUUUCACACGAAGCCUUUCUACGGAGGGAAGGUGCACAGGGUGACGGCGGAGGUCAAACACAACCCCACCAACACCAUCGUGUGCAAGGCGCAGGGCGAGUGGAACGGCACGCUGGAGUUCACCUACAGCAGCGGAGAAACCAAAGUGAUGGACACGAGCAAACUGCCCGUCAUCAGGAAGAAGCUGCGACCUCUGGAGAAGCAGGGCCGGACCGAGUCCAGGCGGUUGUGGCAACGUGUGACCAAGUCCCUGAAGGAGGGCAACAUGGACGAGGCUACGGAGCACAAACACCGCCUGGAGGAGAGUCAGAGGGUGGAUGAAAGACAGAGAGCUGCUGCCAACAAACCCUGGAAACCCAAAUACUUCACUAAGGAGGGGGACGGUUGGAUCUACAACGACCCGCUGUGGAAGUCCACCUGACAUCAGAGCUGCCUCCUCUCUCUGAACUCUGCAGCCUCAGGCUGAGGUCGCAGCGUCCUCCUCAGACCUCCAGACUAACUGAGCAACACAAACAAAAGGUGCCAAAGGGAUUUCCACUCAGAACCAGGACGGACUCGCAGGAAUGAAGAACAGUUGUUUUUUUUAGUAUUAGACUAUUUCUAUUUUCCGCUUUUUCUAAGGCCGCCUUGGUUCUCUUCACAUUUGGCACUUGUUUUGUUUGGGUUCAAAUCUUCUGUAGAACACCAUACUGUAGCUGUAACAGACUGUUUAUGAAGCACUUUUAUCAGAAGUAAAACACCUAUUUUUUACUGUAACAGUGUCUUUUACUAACCUGGAUUAUCUAUCAGAGCUUUACAAGAAAGGGUCACAAAUGUAGUAAAUUAUAGAAUUAUAUAUAUUACAGUUUAUAAGGAAGGUCCUGAUCGUUCUGUCUGCACUAUUAAUGUAUUUAGGCACUUUUUAAUACUUUCCCAAACUGUAUCAAGUCACUGUGACGUCCUUAUUUUUUGUCAUGUUAGUCUUCUACCAAAUUGUUUCCAUUUCUACCUCUCAUUCAGCUCGAAUCUGUUUUCUUUCCAAAGAAAAAAACUGAUUUGUAGCUACAGCUUCUGGGUCUUCAUGUCUGAUUUGUGUUUAUAAUCAGGAAGCACCCCGCCUCACGUUCAGCCGGUGCCUCCUCCUUCAGGUCACCCAUGUUGAUUCUCAUGGAGGUUUUAAAGAAACAUCUGGUCCCACAUCAGGGACAGCAGGUCUCAACUGGACUAAUCAGAGGUCUGGUUUCACAUUUUCUGGUUCAGUAAGAGUAUAUUCACAGCUGACAAACCAAGUGGCCAAUUUUCAGAUUUUUGUAAAAUAAAACUUUACAAAAAUA